AUGAAGAAUAUCCAGCUCACGCUCCUUGCCAUUCUUUUCCAGGUCUCCCUCUUCGAGGCCAAGGUUUACAAAAAGAACGUUCCCACGUAUGACGUCGGGCCUGACGCCAAGAUUGACGGCAAGAGCAUCACGUACAGAGACCCCGACUGCGAAGAGGGCCUGGACUGCACCAUUACCAGGUCUUGCAGCUCGGCCGGCACAUCUCCCGUUCUCAGCGCGGACAAGAAGUAUUUUGCGUGCUGCCUCCCGGGAACUCAUCUUCUGGGAAGCCCCCAGACGGCAUUCGACUGCUGCGCCGAUGGCCACGACCUGGUGGGCAGCCCUGCCGUCGGCUAUCACUGCUGCCCAACGGGCUUCGAGUUUGACGGAACCCAGUGCAAGGAGGUGUGCAAGAACGGCAAGGUGCUCGUCGGCGGCAAAUGCGUCUGCCCCGAGGGCAUGGUGGAAGGUCCAGACGGGAACUGCAAGCCGAAGCCCAAGUGCACGUCCGGCCUGGAGACGGGCAAAUGCUACAUCUUCACGGCGGAAAACGGCAACAGACUCGGCCUCCACAACGACAACGUCUACUACGCCGCCCCGGACAGCAUGAUCCAGCGAUAUGGCAAGUUCCAGCUCUGCGCCGACGAGAAGUGCACGCCGGGCCAGGCCGUCAACCCCUCGAACGAGAUCUACAUCCGCGACACGUACGGCGACCUGGCGACGGGCGCGAACAGGGGCCAGUGGCUCAACAACGCGGCCAACGGCAACCACAUCGGCCGCACGCCGGCCUUUGCCAGCGCCGGCCACUUCUCCAUCAGCAAGUGGCCCUGCGGCAAGUAUUGCCUGGGCGGCUUCACCCAGGGCAUCGGCCCGGCGUGCCCGGCCGAGAUUCCCGCCAUGACCUUUUACUCGCAGGAUCCGCAGAUGUGCGUCGCCUUCCAGUUCACCGAGGUGCCGUGCGAUCUCAAGGCCGACGUGAACAACUGCAUCUGGGCGAAUGGGGACCAGUGCUGCAACAGGGUGGACUGCAGCGGCAAGAAAGGUGAAUAA